AUGAACUUAUAAUUGAAUUACCAAAAUCGAACGAGUAGAAUGAGUGAAUAAGAAGCUUUAAUUUUGAUAUAUAGAAAUAAGGAAAAGUCGGUGUUCUUAUUCAGUUACAAGUAAAGUAUAUAUAUGUAGUCUUAUGUUUAGAAGAAGUUCAAGUUCAUGUUAUCUUUGUUGAUGUUCGUAAAUUGUUUCGUAAACGUGUUAUAUACCGUUCUUAUUAGUGAUUCUUUUGUAGCUACUUUCAUACAUUAAAUAGGUUAUUUGACAUAUGUCAGAUUUCUUAUUACCGAAUUAGUGAAUAAUUGGUGGAAUCAAGAAAGGGAUGAACCAAAUAAAGAGCGGUAUCAAGCAAUAAAAUUACGUGAAAAUGUGGUUGUAGUGAUGCGUUUAAAAGGGAAAAAUAAUACAAAAUCGUUUCAAAGCGUCUAUAAGGUGCUUUCGCGUAUAUGCCGAACUGCAGAUAAAGGACAACUUGACAGUUUCAUGGCGGAUGGUGCAGUGCCACCAAUAAAGAAUGGCCAUAACUGUAAUAAUAUGGGUUUUGCAACACAACCAGUAAAACAAACUUCUGAUGUUUCCAAUACCGUUUAUGCUGUGGGGGAAUAUGCUCCGAAAGUUUUAAGGAAUUUAAAUACCCAAAGACUAAAAAAUCAGUUUAGUGAUGUAGGCCUGGUCGCUGGUGGGAGCAUUAUUAGAGCACACAGAUCGGUUUUAGCAGCAGGAAGUGCUUAUUUUAAUGCUAUGUUCACUGGUGGCUUGGUGGAAGAACAACAGGAAUUAGUAGAAAUUCAUUCAGUAUCAGCUCAUAUACUUUCCCUCUUGGUGGAUUUCAUUUACUCUGGGAAUGUUGAUAUUACCCAGGACAAUGUUCAAGAAUUAUUUGCAGCUGCUGAUAUGCUAGAAUUAGAUGAAGUAGUGUUUGGUUGCAUUACUUACUUGAAACAGCAACUGCAUUAUUCAAAUGCCCUUGGGAUUUAUAGAUUUGCAGAAGCUCAUAACAGAUUAGAUCUUUUGGAAACUGCCCUACGCUUUAUACAAGUCAAUUUUCCUCAAGUAUCUCAAGAGGAAGAAUUUUUGGAUCUGCCAAAAGAACAUCUUGUUCAUUUUCUCAGUAGUGAUUAUAUUCAUAUUGAUACUGAAUUCCAGGUCUUCCAAGCAGCAUACAAUUGGAUUGUUCAUGAUAUACCAACAAGAAGAUGUUACGUAUUUGAGAUAUUAAGCCAUAUACGUUUACGGCUGUGUUCAUUAGCAAGAUUGGAACGAGUUAUUUUGGAAUGUAAAGACGCGAGUCUUAUCGUUGCGUUAAGAUCUAUACAAAAGGAUUUAGUAUCAAAUAAAGGAUGUCUUGUGCCUCUUCACGCACAACCUAGACUUUGUGCUAAGAAAAACAUUUUAGUGAUUGGCGGAUUACGGCGUGAACAUUCAGCAGGUAGUUGGGGUAGAGCUGCUGAAAGUACUUACGAAACAAUCGAAAAAUAUGAUAUAUUUACCGGUGAAUGGAGUAAGGUAACACCUAUUGGAAUAGGACGAAUAUUACCAGGGGUUGCAUUAUUAGAUGGUAAAGUUUACGUUGUUGGUGGAGAACUUGAAUCAUGUAUUAUUGCUAAUUGUGAAUGUUACGACCCACGUGAUAAUGUAUGGACUUCGAUCGCCUGUAUGGAAGAACCUAGGUGUGAAUUUGGACUUUGUGCCUUGGAUAAUAGCUUAUAUGCAUUUGGUGGCUGGGUGGGUGAAGAUAUUGGUGGAUCGAUAGAGAUAUAUGAUCCAAUAACUAAUUCUUGGACACUUGACGGGCAACUUCCUAAACCGAGAUUCAGCAUGGGAGUAGUUGCUUAUGAAGGAUUAAUGUAUGUAGUCGGUGGUUGUACACAUAAUAACAGGCAUAGUCAAGAUUUAAUGAGUUACAAUCCAGUAACAAGAGAAUGGACUCAUUUAGCUCCAAUGCUUACCGCGCGUUCACAAAUGGGAAUUACUAUUCUUGAUGGAUAUAUUUACGUUGUCGGUGGUACUAAUAAAAAUCAAGAAGUUUUAACGGCCGUUGAACGAUAUUCCUUUGAAAAGAACAAAUGGAGUACCGUUGCGCCUAUGAAUAUGGGUAGAUCAUACCCUGCAAUUGCGGCAGCCGAUAAUAGGCUUUAUGUUAUAGGAGGUGAACAGUGUCAGGAAAUCAAUUUUUUUCGGACGCAAAUUACAAUUUCUACAGUUGAAUGUUACGAUCCCCAUUUAAAUAAAUGGCAUGAAUGUGCUGCAUUGCCGACAAGUAGAGGUGAAGCAUCGGCAAUUGUUGCACCUUUUUGAUUGAAAUUUUUUUUCGAUCAUAUCACUCUAAUCAUAUGCGUUUCCUUUUGAAUUUCAUAACGAUAUUUCAACAUCUAUUAAAUACUUCUUAAACGUAUAUAUGAUAUCAAGUGAGAAACAUGUUUUUUGACUAUCUUCGUUUACGUCGUAUAUACAAACGUGCAAAAUCAAACAUACAUAAUCUUCGAUGUAUUUUUUUAUAGAUUACAAUUUUAACAGUUGAGACAGAAUUUUUCCUAACGAACAUAAGAUGCAACAGGAUUUGAAAAAAAAAAAAGAGAAAUGUUCCACUAUAAUACUACAAUGCUAUUUUCUGUACCCAUUAAAUUACGUAUGCUGAUUUUCAAAAAAGAAUUUAUUAUAUAUAUUUAAUAAUGAAAGUAGCUGAAACUGACUUCCAUAUAUUUUAAAAAUUCCUUAGCGUAAUAAAAAUCUUAUUAAUUGUAGAAGUGACUGAGAGAGAAACAGCCUUCACAUUCUAUAGUCAUUUACCAAAGUUAUCAAGAAUACGAGAUAUGAUAUUCUAUAGUAAAUUUUAUCACACUACAACGAGAAAUAAACGGAGAAUAUAUUUCCAUGUAGUAUGUGUGAAAUGAAACGUUCUUAGUCCAAAAGAAUGCAAGUGAGAUAUAUUUAAUUUUCAUCAAAAAUUGUAUGUUACAGUUACGCGUGCUUGAGAUAUUUUCUCUAUCGAUUUUUUCUCUAUAAAUAAUAUUUUCCGUUAUAUUUCGUUACUUAUUCAUUUUUUACGGCAUAAGGAGAGAUAAAUACUUAAUGAUAUUAUGCUCUUAAUUAAUAUUUUAAACAAUUAUGGAGAGGUAUCUUAUAAAUUGCGAAGUCGUGUUUUAUAGAAUCACAUGUAAUUUUCAUAAGUUAAGAAAUUGCAUCUUAUGUUAAUAAGUUUUAUUAACAAACUUGAUUGCAUAUUGGUUUUUGUAAAGAGUGGCUUGUAUUAUAUACAAAUUAAAAUUGGAAGCAUCCGUUUAAUGUGUCGUAAAAUUCGUACAAAUUUGAAAUGAUACAAAAAGAGAAAGAAAACUAACAAGGGGUUGCUUGUCACAUUUAUAUAUUGCUUUUUACAAAUUCAUGCAUAUGAAUAAGUACUUAGCCUGAAAUUUUUAUGAAGUGUACAUGUUAUAUCAGUGUGAUUCUAUAAUCAGCUCCUCUUAGCGUUUUCAUCACAGAAACAGCUUCUGUUACAUCAGUUACAUACUUCCAUGUACUUCUUAUACCAAAGUUCUGUUUAACAAAUGAUUUAUACAAGAUGUUAUUACGAAAUAAUUGAUAUAAUAGUAAUUCGUAUUAAGUUUUAAUUUGUUAUACUGUUUUAGUUGGUUGUUCUUCUUAUAUUAGUCAUCUAUUGUGUUUAUGGUUAUGUUUUAAUAAAUACAAAACAUUAGACACUUUGUGAAAAACUGUUUUGAAAUAACGAUAUUCGUUGAAAAGAAUUGUUUAAAAUUCAUUAAAACGAAGAUUAUUAUCUUAAUUUUAUAAACGUAUAUACUUUUUAAUGUGUAUUAUGUGUUUCUUAUAAUCAAUUAUUUUUUUAUAAUGAAAUAUUGUAGAAGAAAGUCUAGUUUUACUUACUUUGUCACAUUUAUAAUGAUAUAUUCAUUCUUAUUAUACUAAUUUACGGAUAUAUGUAUACGUUAUUGAAAGUGCUAUUUGAUAAAAAGAUGGCCUUUAUAUAUAAUUUAACUAUGUUAACGAUAUUAAGAGCUUAGCUUUUAAAUUUUGCUUGAUUUCCAAUUUGAAAGUAUAUACAAUAGUAAUAUGCAUAAAAUAUAUAUUGCACCUUUGUCAGAACCGAACUUAAAGGAAUUGUAUUGAAUUCAUAAAUAGUUGAGAAAUAUCAUGAAUACAGUGAUGUAUGCGUAUGUAUAUGUACACAUAUAUGCUUUAUGCCAAUUUAAAAAAAAUCUCUUUGGAGGUACAGACAUUUCACACGCAAUUUUUAUACAAAAAAUAUGAUAAAUGUUUCAUAGAUAAGAAGCAAAUAUUAUGUAAAACAAACACGACUGUAUUCUCUAAUGAUACUUAAAAAUUGUAAUAUAAAUACAUAAGUUCAGUAUGUGAAUGUUUUACACAAUAUAUACUAUAAAAUAUUAAACUGUCUUAAAAAUUACAAAUAAAUAUUUAAA